AUGGAGUUUUUGUUUUUCCUCCUGAGGAUCUGUCUGGUUUCGUCGGUGUUAGUUUCUGGUUCUUCCUCAGGAUUGGAUUUGUUAUCUCCAUUUUCAUCACCACCCUCUCCAUUACCGGAAACUUCAAAAGGGUUCGGUCAAGUACCGAUUAGCUCGCCUGAAUCUCACAAAUCCGGCAAUGCGCCACCGUCUAAAGCUUCUCAACCGUCUCUUCCUCCUUCAGCUGACGUUACAGCACCUCCGGUGGAUCCUCUUCCUCCUCCUCCUUUAGCUGACGUGGCAGCACCUCCGGUGGAUUCUCCUCCUCCUCCUGUAGAGGCAGCAUCUCCGGUGGAUUCUCCACCUCCUCCUCCUCCUGUAGUUGUCGUGACAGCACCUCCGGUGGAUUCUCCUCCUCCUCCUUUAGCUGACGUGUCACCUCCUCCGGUGGAUUCUCCACCUCCUCCUCCUUUAGCUGACGUUGCAGCUCCUCCGCCGUCAGAUUCCGCCGGAGGUAAAGCGCCGCCUAUUGUAACGGUUCCUAGUGCUCCAGCUCCAUCUACAAUACCCGUGAAGGAUUUGCCCGGAAAAUCUCCUCCGGUGGAACCUAUAAUCACACCGAUUGCUUCACCACCUCAACUCAUUCCAAGAAAUGCACCAAAGGAGCCUCCUUUCUCUGGAAGAGUAUCUCCAGACAUGAACUCAUUUGUGGUCUCUGAAAUCUCUGAAUCAGUUGCAUCUCCACCAACAAUAUCAAUUGAACUUUCACCGCCAGUCCAUCCCAUCGUACCAAAGUUAACACCCUCUAGCUCACCUGUACCAACCUCAAGUCCAACAAAGGGAUCUCCAAGAAGGAAUCCGCCAAUAACUCACCCGGUUUUCCCCAUAGAAUCUCCUGCUCACUCACCAGAUCAUCCUGCGAAUCCAGUAAAACAUCAACCUCCCAGCGAUAACAAAAGUCCGGUCGCUGCACCGUCGAAUGAAACCGCUAAACCUUUGCCUGUCUUCCCACAUGAAGCUUCUCCUCCUUCAAUAGCUCCCUCAACCCCAAAAUUCAACGGACACUCUCAUCAUACUACUACUCCACCUCCAGAUUCUACUCCAAGUAAUGUACACCGCCAUUCUUCAUCGUCUUCUUCUCCCCCUCUGCCUUCACACCACCGACGUCAUCAAGAACGAAACAAGAUCCCAAACAGUCCAGCUCCUUCACCACCACCACCACCACAGCAUUUCACAUCUCCAAAGAAGUCAAAACAUAAAGGUGCAAUGACAACUCCUCCUCCAUCAUCACACUCUGCUCCUUCUCCCACCAUUUCUCCUACUCACACUCCAAUCUCUUCCGCAAUGCACCGCAUCUCCAUAGCUCCAGCACCUUCUCCGACCCAAGUUCUUCCUCUCAGGUCCUCUUCAAGACCUUCAAAAUCUCGUAAAUUCCCACUCGGUCCACCUCUUCAAGCUUUCCCUCCUCCUCCCCCUAAUUCAGAUUGUACAUCAACAGUUUGCAUGGAACCAUACACAAACACACCUCCAGGAUCUCCAUGCGGCUGCGUCUGGCCUAUUCAGGUUGAGCUCCGGCUCAGCAUGGCCCUAUACGACUUCUUCCCAAUGGUCUCAGAAUUCGCUCGGGAAAUCAGCGCCGGAGUCUUCAUGAAACAGAGCCAAGUCCGUAUUAUGGGAGCCAACGCCGCUAGCGAGCAACCGGAGAAGUCCGUCGUCCUCAUCGACUUGGUCCCUCUCGGAGAUAAAUUCGAUAACUUGACUGCAAUGCUGACUUACCAGAGAUUCUACAGUAAGAAAGUAUACAUAGACGUACCAAUCUUUGGUGAAUACGACGUCAUCUACGUCCGGUAUCCUGGUUUACCGGCUUCUCCUCCGUUCCCGCCUUCCGGUAUGACUAUAACAGACCAAGGACCGUUCUCCGGUAACAACAAUGGAAGAGCUGUAAAACCGCUAGGAGUCGAUGUUCCUAAGAAGCCGCGCAAGAGAGAGCUCAAUGCUGGAACUAUCGCUGUCAUUGUUCUGUCUGCGGCUGCUUUCAUCGGUUUAUGUUUCGUCAUCGUCUGGUUCUUGGUUUUCCGGCCAAGAAGAGACCGGCGGCUUUCCAAACGAGCACCACCGCCCGCUCGUCCUUCGCUGCCUUCCCUCUCGAAACCAUCAGGCUCCGCGAGAUCUUUAACCGGAAGCCGGUUCAGCUCGAUGUCGUUUGAGUCGAGCAUUGCUCCGUUUACUCUCUCUGCGAAGACGUUCACGGCAAGCGAGAUAGCGAAAGCCACGAACAAUUUUGAGGAGAAGAGGGUUCUCGGCGAAGGCGGGUUUGGACGGGUUUACGAAGGUCUUUUCGACGACGGAACUAAAGUAGCGGUUAAAGUGUUGAAGAGAGAUGACCAUCAAGGUGGUAGAGAGUUCUUGGCUGAAGUUGAAAUGCUUAGCCGUCUUCAUCACAGAAACUUGGUCAAUCUGAUUGGUAUCUGUAUCGAAGACCGUAACCGUUCCUUGGUUUAUGAGCUUAUACCUAAUGGCAGCGUUGAAUCUCACCUCCACGGGAUAGAUAAAGAGGCUUCUCCUUUAGAUUGGGAUGCUAGGUUGAAGAUAGCUCUCGGUGCAGCUCGUGGAUUAGCGUAUCUACACGAAGACUCGAGCCCGAGAGUGAUACACAGAGACUUCAAGUCUAGUAACAUCUUGCUUGAGCACGACUUCACGCCUAAAGUCUCAGACUUUGGAUUGGCAAGAAACGCACUUGACGAUGAAGAUAACAGACAUAUAUCAACACGCGUUAUGGGCACUUUUGGGUAUGUGGCGCCGGAAUACGCAAUGACGGGGCAUCUUUUAGUGAAGAGCGAUGUGUAUAGCUACGGAGUUGUGCUUCUGGAGCUACUCACGGGGCGUAAACCGGUGGAUAUGUCUCAACCGGCGGGACAAGAGAACUUGGUUUCGUGGACUCGGGCUCAUCUCACGAGCAGAGAAGGGCUCGAAGCUAUUAUAGACAAGUCUUUCGGACCCGAGAUCUCGUUCGACAGCAUAGCGAAAGUCGCGGCGAUUGCUUCCAUGUGCGUUCAACCGGAAGUGUCGCACCGUCCUUUCAUGGGGGAAGUAGUGCAAGCUCUGAAACUUGUGUGCAACGAGUGCGAGGAAGCUAAGGAGCUUCACUCUGUGACUUCGAUCACUCAAGACGAUAUGAGAGAUGACGCUCGAGGUGAGAUCUCUUGUGGUGAGGGCGGCUCAGGGAGGGUGGCUAGGUAUCCGUUGCUUCCGAAUUACGACUCUGAGCCUGACACGGAGAGAGGAGUUUCUAUGUCGGAAAUGUUCACCGGUUCCGGGAGGUUAGAGAGGGAAUCUAACUCGGGUCCCUUGGUUUCGGGGAGAGGUAAGACGUUUUGGCAAAAGAUGAGGAGAUUAUCGACCGGAAGCUUGAGCGAGCAUGGGUCAUCGUCGCACAUGUUACGAUCCGGUUCGCAUUAA